AUUCUUUUUUUUAAAUAGACAAUUCGCAAUAGUUUUUUUUUUUUUCCGGUAAAGUCACGUAGGUAAAAUUUUUAAAAUAAAUUAAAACUCGCAAUAGCUCAGCGGGGCCCUACUAAUGCUGAAAUAAAACAAAGUUUCGUUCAGUCAGUCCUCCGAUUGCUUGGAGCCAAUGUGCGCGCCGUUCGCCACCAACAGGAAGCCAAUUUGACGCCGACAGCCGAUGACUUUAAUGGUCUUAAUGAGCGAAGCGGCGCAUACAUUUCCGAAGAGGAAGAACUGUAGAAAUCAAUUGCCCCUUUUAAAUGCGGCUGUAUAACAAGCGACAAGUCAAGACGAGCACUACUACCACCAACAGCUACAAGAGUCAAGGCGAACACUACUACCACCAACAGCUACAAGAGUCAAGGCGAACACUACUACCACCAACAGCUACAAGAGUCAAGGCGAACACUACUACCAUCCAGGUCGCCCUCAAAUCAGCCGCUAACAAAAUCGAAGAUGACAAUCGGAGAUGGCUUCCCUCCGUUCUACGGCGAGCGUCGUACAGCCGCCAGUGUCGACCUGGAGCAGCUGAUCGUCAUCGUCGUCUUCUGCGUCCUCGCGGUCGCCUUCUUGCUCAUCCUGCCGGGCAUCCGUGGCCGAGCGCGAAUCUACUGGUUCAUUCGAGUGCUCCUCAGCCUGCUGAUCGGAUGCAUGAUAGUCGUGGUGAACUUCCAGACGCACUGGGAGGUGGGCCACGUGGAGACGCAGACGGAGUACCGCGUGGCGGAUGGCAGCACCAUCAAGGCGCGCAUCGGCCUCGGCGUUUCUCUCCACGGCUUCAACAUCACCCUGAAAGGAACUCCGCAGAUUCAGCUGAACGAGAUGAUCGACUACAACGAGCGCUUCACUUGGCAAUCCGGCAACAUCGACGGCGACUACCAGCAUGCUCUUCAGAGGGGCCUUCCCGUGCCCAUCCUGCAGCUCGCCGAGACGUUCGGCAGCAACAGCGCCUGCGCCAAAGUGUCCCAGUACGCGCAGGCGGGGCGAUACGCCUCCGCGCUCAUUUGGGUCGCGUUUGUCUGCUGGGUCCUCUCCAACUUGCUGUUCGUCAUCGUGCUCCGCUACGGCGGCGCGGCGCUGCUCAUGACCGGCUUCUUCCUGGUGACGGCGCUCAUCUCCUUCGGCUGCACGCGCCUCGCGCCGGUCUGCCAAACCCGACUGGGGCUCGAGAGCGUCUCACUGCAAACCACUUUUGGAUACAGCUUCUGGCUCACGCUCGCCAACGCCGUACUCUGCUUGCUGCUGGGAAGCCUCGUGAUUGGUGCUCAUCUCAUGGCUCCGCACAAGCUGGAGGAGUUUUUCUCCAACGAGGAGGACGAGAUGGAGGACCUUGAUGACAAGAAGCAUAAUCUUGUGGAAUAUGCCUACUUGAAUGAGGCGUUUACGACGAAUGCUCUCGACCCAUCAAAGGCAGACAUCGCAGUGGCCGUCACGAUUCCAGAGGCAAUUAACACCCAGCUCUAACCAUCCACAUCUACCUGCAACAGGAAAACACUUUGUCUACAAACAGUUCAGACAGCGCAAGCAACUUUGAAGAUCUCUCACAGACCCGAAUGUAAAAUGUUACAGAAGAGGAAGAUUUGUGAUGUGCAACACAUUCCACUGUUUGAACGCUUUGUACUGAAACAACUACACUGUCAGUGCAACACACUCCAUUUCGCCAUGUACUUUAUAACGUAUGAGAUUUACAAUAUUUAUAGUUAUGUAAUUAUUCCAUCAAAUUGCACAUGAUGUAUUUUUUUACAAAUACGUGCAGUUCUAACCUGUCGAUUUAAUUUACAAAUUGUACCAAAUGUAUUAAUGGGUAGAAGUAAAGUAUUUAUAGAAUUCUUUUUAUACGUUAAGUUUUAACCGCUACGUGAACUGCUUCUCAUGGAAAUAAAUUAAUUUUCUAUGAAAAUUAACAUAUGUAUAUUUAACAAUGUGACCAGUAACUUUGAUUGUUGUUGCUUCAUGUAGAAAACAAUAAAAAAAAACCUUCAGUAUU